AUGAAUAAUCAACUUGAUAUAGACUGGAAUUGGUUACAUUGUUUUAUAUUGAAAGCAUUAGAGAUAAUAUGUCGUGCAUCUAAAUGGGAAUAUCUGACUUAUUUAGGGUUAAAAGCAGUAGGUACAUUGGGGAAACAUUGGGCACCAGGUAUUUUACCUUUUAUUAUAUUUGGACAAAAUCAAAUAAUGAAACGAUUAAAGAAACAGAAAACUACGAAUACUACUAUUAAUGAUAUGAAUAAUAUAGAACAAGUGAAUGAAGAUUUCAGUAAACUUGUUAAUCGUUCACAAAUACAAUUAUAUUCAGCUUUGUAUCACUACAAUCUUAUACAGCCAAAAUCAGAAGAAGCUUUUACUUUAGAAAACAAUAACUUUUUCAAUAAUUGCAAAUCAGAUACAUUUGGUAUUUCAUUAAAAUCUAAUCAAUUCUUGGAAUUAAUAAAUCAAUGUAAAACGUUUAAACAAGGUACUUUUCCGUGGAAAAAAGACACUGUGAUUGAUACCAUUCAAAAGCCCAACAUUAGUUGGAUUGAUUUUUCACAACAGGAAAGUGAAGGAGUAAAACCUGUACAGCCUAAAGUACGCAUGAGCGGAUGGCUUAUACCACAAAGCCAUUUAAAGGAUGACCAAUUAAUUUCAAACACGAAAUCAAUGUCAGAGGAAGAAAUUGCAUUGUGUAAUAUAUUCUUACCUCUAAAGUCAAAUACCAUAGAAGAUGAAUUAAAAGAAGCAGAAUGCUUGCAUUAUUCUGGAAUUAUGAAUAAAAUGGAUCAAGCAAGAUUGUACCAGUCCCUUGUCAUUUAUCUACUACAUUCACUUUCAACGAAAGAAAUUAAUGAAACACAAUUAAACACCAAUUAUGACUGCAGCUAUGUUAUGAAAUUAGUUGAUUUGCAAAAUGAUGUAUCUCAGUGGGAACGAAAAGUUUUGUUUGUUAUAAAUUCAAAAGAAGGUUUAGAAAGAAAAACUUACGAAAAUCUAAUUCAUCAUACAAUAAAAUUCUAUAAUGAAGCUUUGGAAUUAUUAACACCGUAUAACAAUACUUUACAGGAAAUGAUAAUUCACUUCGAAUUAUUAAGAUUCUAUUUAAUAGUUGAUCAGAUAAAACGGGCUAAACAUCAAGCUUUAUUAAUCAUGGAUAUCUUAUUUGAACAAAAAAAUACACCUGACAACUUUGAUCUUAUGAUAAACAAUUGUGAUUUGGAAAAUGUUAUGAAGAGAUAUUCAUUUAGAAUUAUUCAAAGAUAUGGUAUAUCUGGUUGUUUGCUUGGUGCAUUAGUAAUGGGAUUAUUGUGCAAGUAUUCUCUGAUUUCAAAUGAUCAAGUAUACAAAAGUCAAAUGAUCUGUGCAACGUUAUUCAAGUCAAUGCUACAUGGUAGUUUGUCGUGUGCAAGAAAAGAUAUUGAUUAUUAUGGCAAUUCUAUUUCAACUGAAUCCUUGAGAAUUUUGAAACUGGAUGAGAUUUUUACCAACUAUUGUUUUGAUCUAAACAAUGUUGUUGAUGUAUUGAACAAUACAUUGAAUUAUCUAAUAACUCAUGAACAGUUUACUGAAGCAUUUCCAGUUGUCUACCUACUCAACUACAUUGGUAAAAAUCUAUUAAAAAAUAUACAACUUGAAUUUAAAGCAAAAUUAUUCCAAAUAAAAUGUCUUAUUGGCAUCGGUGCAUUAAAACAAUCUCUAUUUGAAUUAUGUGCUAUUUUGCAAGAACAAUCCAGCAUCAAUGAUACACAUGAUUGUCAUAUUUCCUUGAUAAAUUUCGAUGAUAUCAAAAUGCAAGAAUGUUUGAACAUAUUACUAACAAAAAAGUUGUCAAAACAAACAAUUCACAAAUGGGGUUCUAUAUUAUUCUGUGAAAUACAAUUGGUUCGCGCCGAAAUUUGCUAUGAAAUCGCAAAAUCUAUACCUUAUUUACCAAAGAAAAUGAUAAUUGAAAACCAAAUAUCAUCUACAAAUCCUAAUAGAAAUCAGGUCACAAAAUCUAGUGGCCGUAAAGUUAAAAAUCAAGUAGAAAAAAAUAUUGUUCGUUUAUUGUAUGAAAUGGAAAAUCAAAAUUCAAUGUAUCAUUCAAAUUUUCAAUCUUAUCUAAAACAAUUACUUUUUAAAUAUGGAUCUGAUGUUUGUCAACUAAUGAUAAAUAGUAUUUGUAAUGAAAACCAUCCAUCCUUAGAUCAUUCUGUACUUAUGGUAGUCGUUGAAGCUGCUAUUCUACUUGCUAAAUUAUUAACAUCACAGCAUCAAGCACGCUCUGGCUCAAUGUUGAUGGCUUAUAUUUUAAAAUAUAUUCAAAAUGUAUUAAUGCUAAUGAAUGAUUUUAAAAACUGCAAAACGUUAAAUCAUUCAGCAAAUAUGACUCAAAAGCAAAUGACCCAACAAGAUGUUCUAAGUUUAUGGUUUCGAUGUCGAGCAGAAUUGGUUCGUUGUCAGAUAUAUGAAGUGGAUGGUGGAAGGAUACUUCAAGAACUUCCUGAAACAGAAAAUUAUGAAACACCAAAAGAAAAUGACAAUUUAAAAAUUGCAUUAGAAGAAACAAAAACAAUCGAAUUUAAAGAAUACUGGAAUGAAUUUACUCUGCUUAACAAUCAACUUCUAUUUAUUAGAAAUAGAUUAGGCUAUGAAAAAACUACCAACAUUAUGAUAGAGGAAAUUAGUUUAACAAACAAAUGUAAUCAAUUACUUGUUUAUGAUAUUCUUCGUGAAAGUGAUUCAGUAGUACAAGAAUCAUUUCAGAAUAUAUUAACAGUAAACGACGAUAGUUUGUUAGUUAAAUUGGAAGAUAGAUUGAAGAUACUAUUGAAUGUACAGAAGAUACUAAUACAAGAGCUGAACAAUUGUGGUGAGGGUAUCAGAAACACUUCAUUAUUCCAAAAUACAAUAGCAGAAAUCAGACUGCCUCUUCAUAAAAAUUGGAAAAAUUUAAUUCAAAUUGGAUUAAGAGUCUCACUUAUUCUGUUAUCACUUGGUGAUAUCAAAUCCACACAUUCCUUAAUUACACAAGCCAAUAAUAUGAGAGAUAAUCAUCCUGAUUGCAUCAGAAUAAUAACACUGUUACAUAUGAGCUCUGGUCAAAUAUAUAAUGAAGCAUUAGAUGUUUUAAUUUUUUCUCAGAACAUAUUAAAACAUCUUCCACCAAAUUGUCCAUGUAUAGAAAGUGAAUUAUUGUUCAUCAAAGGUCAUAUAGAAUUGAGAUUGUUUUUAGAAAAUAAAGUUGAUUGGCAAUCACCUUCUCAAAGCUGGUUACGUUCAAUUUGCAUUUCUGCAUUUGUUACGGGUGAUAAAUUAUUUCAACACAGAACAGAAAUAAUGUUAGUUUAUUUUUGGCAAUUAGUAUAUGUUCAACGAAAAUGUCAACAUUUAGCAACUAUUCAUGUACAGAACAUCAUGGAUAAUAAAUUGAAAACAUCACUAUCGCAAAAAGAACUUGAGGUGAUAUCAACAAAUGAAAUAGAGGGGAUCGAUGAUUCGUUUGGUAGAUUUUCUCAGUCUGUUAGUUUAUGUAUCUGGAAUAUUUUAUUAAUGAUUGAUCAAUUCUUAUCUCAACGCAGACAAUGUUCGUCAUCAACUACUCUUAAAUUAACUGGUUUUCUACAUCCAACUGAACUAAACAAUAGAAAUAAAUCAAUAAUUUCCAAAAUAUCUAAAAGCGAAUCACCCAAACAUACAAAUUCAGCACUUGAUAACGCGUUUCAAGAUGAUUCGUCAGUUAUGCACCAAUUUGACUUAGUAGGAAAGAAGUGUUUGGAUUCCAUCCGGGUAAUUUUGCCAGGUGAUGAUGAAUAUGAGUUAAUAAAUUUAAUUCAACCAUCAAAUCAAUUUGAUGGAUUAUUCGAUUAUGUGAAAAAUCAAACUCUUAUCAGUGAAUAUUGGAAUCUUGUAUUCAAUUCUACUUCGAUGGUUUCUGAUGAGAAUCAAUUAUUAAUUAAUCAGAAAUAUGAAUGGAAGAAGCUGAAGAAAAUUAAAUUAAAUAUGGAUAUACUUAAGUUGUAUGAAUCAGUUUUAUAUGAAAAUGUAUUAAAUAAUAAACAGUUGUUUGAACGAAAUGAACAGAAUAUCAAAGGUCCUAAUGUCAGCAAUUGUCAAGAAAGUCAAAAUGAAGAUCACAUUACCAAAGUUUCGAUGCAGAAUGUAAUAAUUCCUAUUUCAGCAGUUCCCUACUAUUCACAAGAUGCAGAAUACUGGUUUCAACGAUUUACAUCACUCCAAGUUCACCUAUAUGAAUUGAAUGCUUCUAUAGAAACGGAAACGUUCAGCAAUUUAUCUAAUAUCAUUAAAACUUCAUUUAGUUGGUUUAAUGAUCAUACUCCAGAAAAUGAAAAUUUUAUUCAAUCAUACAUAUCACCAUACAAUAUGAAUUUCGAGCCCAAAUCGCCUAUUAAAAUAAAAAAUGAGACUAGACGUGUAGGAAGUAGCUUAUCAAAAUAUUUAUUGAUGCAAACAAUCAAUAAUUUUGAAAAUGAUAGCGAUUUUUACAAGUGCCUACCGAUCCUAAUAAGUUGCUAUUCACCAAAGGCAAAACUUGAAACACAUCUCUAUCAACAACGCUUGAUUUUAUUCGAUAAUAGUGAUGAAUUUUUUAAGAUGAUAGAUCAAUUCAACAAAAUAGUGAUAAAAUACAGUGCAGCCAAUAUUUUCUCUGAAAGAGAUAAGGCAAAUAUAAAUAUCAAAAGUACCACAUUGAAAUCAUCAUCUGUUAAAACAAAUGAUAAAUCAUUAGAUUCUGAAAAUUUCAAUCACUCCGAUCUGGAAUUUCAGGAUGAAUUCAAUUUAUGGUUAGAUAAAUUUGAUAAAAUUCUUCGGACUGGUAAAAUUGUGCAUAAUCCUGAUCAAAAUAAAAAUGGAUCAACAAAAUUUACAUUUAUGGUUCCUAAUUUGUCUAUACAAAUAAAUCAACCGAUUGAUGAAAUUUUUAACAGCCUAAAAGAAAUCAUUUCAUGGAGAUAUUUUGGUGGUUCAUUAAUAAAAGGAAAGUUCAGCGAAUAUAUCACAAAGUUAUAUCGAAUGAUUUGA